AGAGAGAGAGGAGAGAGAGAAAGAUACUUAAUUGCUCUCGAAAUAAUAACUUUUAAGACUAUCGGAGUGAUCGAGGAACGGCCCGCAAUUCUAACCAUAAUAAUUACGUUGAACGAUACAACCGCAGGCGAGGACACGCAGUGCGGCACCGAGGAUUCUGCCGUCGCCCAGGGAGGCGAUCAGCUCCAGAGGAUGACUAUGGACGGCGUAGAGGUGGUGGGCUCGCAGCCGCACGCGGCCACCAGCCCGUUUCUGCUCUCCUCGCCACCACUGGGUCACCAUCAUCAUCAUCACGCGACGUUUAAUCUGCCGGUGCAGCUUAGCUUCGACGCGUGUUUACCGUACAACGCGGCCCCCUCGUCCGGCUCGGUCACCUGCGGCGUCAGCGGGACACCCGUGAACGCGACCUGCACGAAUUCGUCCUCUACCAGCUGCGGCAAGAGCACGCCGCAGCUCUCCCUGUCUACGAGCGUGCCGCUACAUAUGCAGCUGCAGAUCAGCUCGACCACCCCCGCGGAGCACAACCACGACCGGCAUCAUCAGCAUCAUCAUCGACUGGACGGUCAUCAUCAGCAUCAGCUGCAUCCCAAUGCGCCGUCACCGUCCACCGAUAUCGCGGACGGUAAGCGGCACCGGCAGCCCGAUGACGAUGACAAGAGUUGCAUCAGGAAUUGCAGGAACGAUAUUCACGAUACGAACGAUAAGGAUAAGCCCGGCGACUUGAACACGCCGGUCACCACCAGCAGCGACCUACCGUCUUUCUUCGGACCCUCCGCGCUUGUCGAACCGCCACCAAUCUCAGGCAGUCUGGCGAACGACGAUCUCUCUUUAGAAGAGGCGACCGCGGAGGAAGACGAGAACGGCGCGUCCGCCGGCAGGGAUCAUCGGCAUCAUCACCAUCAGGACGCGCGAAAUACCGUCACGUCGAACGCGCCUUCCUCGAGCAGUCCGCCGUCGCGCCAUCACCAAACCCAGGACGAGGCGGAUCGCUGCAACGCGCUGCAGAGUGUAAUUUUGUACUCACCGCAUUCCACGUCCAAUGCGUCCGCGACGAGCGUGAAUAUCUGCAAUGUACCGACGUUGACUUAUCGCGGCGUCUUCACCACGACCUGCACGCAGUCCUCGCCCCUGAGCAAUCUCCAGGGCGAUCAGCAGCAGCAGCAGCAACCGCAACAGCCGACGGGUCAGGAGCUGUGGGGGCCGUUGCCGUCGCCAACCUUAACCUUGGCGGGCCAGCCGUUCCUUCACCCCAACCUACACUCGACCGCGUACAGCGGCGAGACCGUUGAAUUGCUGCAGGUCGAUUCGAAGCCACCCCCGCCGCCCGGUUAUCACGACACGGCGACUACCACCCCCGCGACCUGGCUGACGGGUCACGAGGACGCUUACGAUCCCGGUCUCCUCUCCCACCAUCACUCUCACGCCCAUCACCAGGAGACAACGUUGAAGCAGGAGCCGACCGGCACCGGUUACACUCCCAACGUACAACAGCCACAGCAAGCUCAGGCGCAGGCUCAGCAACAGCAGCAACAGCAACCUCCGCCAUCUGCCACCUCGGGAGGAGUCCAGCUGGCUGAGUACAAUCCGAGUACGUCCAAGGGCCACGAGAUCCUCUCUCAGGUCUAUCAGCAAAGCACCCUACCGCUCCGAUUGGUCCCCGUGAAACCGCGCAAGUACCCCAAUCGACCGAGCAAGACGCCGGUCCAUGAGCGGCCAUACGCCUGUCCGGUGGACGGCUGCGACCGCAGGUUCUCCCGCAGCGAUGAGCUUACACGGCACAUACGCAUCCACACCGGGCAGAAGCCGUUUCAGUGUCGCAUCUGCAUGCGCUCGUUCUCGAGGAGCGACCAUCUAACCACCCACGUGCGUACGCACACCGGCGAGAAACCGUUUUGCUGUGAUCAGUGCGGCCGUAAGUUCGCCAGGAGUGACGAGAAGAAGCGCCACGCGAAGGUACAUCUCAAGCAGAGGCUGAAGCGCGAGGCGUCCCACGCUAAUCCGAGGUCCCAUCACCAGAGCCACGCGUCGUCACCCUGCAAUCAAUGAAUUCCAUGACAACGAUGUUGAAAAAUCCCCUUUAACGUUGAGAUCUCAUUAUGUUUGUCACGUUUUGACAAGUUGUGAUCUAUGUCUCCCUGAUUCUAUUUCUUCCCCUUCUCCUCUCCCUCUUCUCUUUCUCGAUCAUCGAUCAUCCCUCCUUUUCUGCAUCUCUCUUGAUGACCGAUGAAGAAAAUCGCGGAAAGCUUUAGACGGUCAUAACUGACCCGUCGCCGACUGAUCCGUAAUUUAUCAUCGGUCAAUUAGCCCUUUAUAUUAUCUUAGAACAUAGCUGGAUACAAAUUACUUGAAUCUUACGAGCAGCACAAGACGAAUUCUUUGGAAUUUUCGCUAACGUAUCUAUAAAUCACACGAAUAAUAAUAAUAAUAAUAAUAAUAAUAAACAAUUUGCUCAUUCUGAAAAUUAUCAUGUGAGUCAAAAUAAGAGGAAAGAGUUAAAUGUCGCAUAUACAGUUCUUAUCAUUCGCAGGAGAACGAUUAACUUCGUGUACUUUAAAACGAAACUCAUAAGAAUACGGUUUACUCAUUGUAUGAAGAUAAUAGCUCUUGCGUCAUAGCGAAAAAUCGAAGUACUUAAAAUAUACUACGAUCUGUGCGAUCAAUUGAAAACGAACUCGCAGCUGAAUGGAAGCAACCACAAUGAAACGGAAGUUAAUCGUCCGAUUAUAAAAAAAUAUCCCAUUCUUAAAAUAGAAAAACGACGUUAUUAUUCCGCUUUACAUGUAUUUCGUGUCUUAGCUUGUAUCCAGAUACGUACAAAAUGUGAACUCUCUCUCUUUCUCUCUCUCUUUUCCCCCUUCCCGUGACAUAUUCGAUGGCAUCGUGUAUCUAGAUGCCAUUGAGCGUGGCAAGAGCAUUUUCGUGCAAUUGUAUAACACGAAAUCGAUACCAUCCGCAGCUUCCGGGAAUUGUAGAGUGAAGCGGAAGAUAGAUAGAAAGAGAGAGACGGGGGAGAGAGCGAAAGAGAGGGAGAGAUCAGAGGAGGGAUGAGGGUGGGAUGGGGUGGAGCGAUGCGUCUCAUUGCAUGCGAACGACUGUGCGAGAAUGUAAUGCUACGUAAAACGAUGAAGUAUUAUAUAUCGACUCGUUCCAUGGUCAAUAUGAGAGAAGCGGGACUCAAUAUUUAAGAGCAUAUAUCUCGUCCCCUACCUCGUCCUCUCGUCCCACCCUAUCCCACCUCUCCCCGUUAAAAACGCAAUUUAAAAGACUCAUGCGGUUCGAGUGCAAUUCCCAAGAAAUUCAUGUUUUCAUGGAGCUGUAUAUUUGUAGAGGUAGAUCUGUCUCACAAGGAAGGCGGGACUGUUGACAAGGUUCGCGGCAACGGAGAAAUAGAGAUAUUUUUUUAAGUAUAUAUUUGUAUAUAAACU